ACAGCAGCAGAGCAGAAAAAUAUCUACAAAAUAAUUGACUUCAUUUCAACUGAUGAGAUUCACCCCCAACUUCUUCCUUUUGCUACUGCAUUUAGGAGACUGUGUCACAAGGCAUGUAUUCUGAGAUCAAACUCGACACAUGUCUCAAGAACUGGGCACUAUGAUUUAGACCUUGACAGCUAUACUUGGGCCUCAUCUCCAGUCCGCCGAUAUAUAGAUGUUAUUGUGCAGCGCCUUCUUCAUUCUGUGAUUGACAAGACCAAUGUUAGGUACACAGCUCAUGACAUUGACCUGUCUUGUAUAGAAUUUUCCAGGAAAAAUGACCAACAGUCAGCAUAUGAGAGGAAAGCGAAUGCUCUACAUUUUGCAUUAAAGCUCUCAACCCAAAGCGAAAAGAAGGUGGCAUACAUUGUGGAACUCAAUCCGUCAGGGACAAACUUCAGAUUAUCCUUCCCACUUAACAGAACCUCUAUAUCAGAAAACUUAGACGUUAUGUACAGGGAUCUUCAGUUGGCAGAUCAACCAGAGUUUGAUGAAGCAAACAACUGCAUGAUCUUGAAAUGGGUGCGAAGGAUAUAUUCAUUUUCCAAUCCUCACAUCCUUGCUGAAGUGAAACAACAAAAUCCAAACUCAGUCAUGGCCUAUGUCUCUACAAAGACCUGGAAAUGCCUAGCAGCUGCUCUUAGAGAGGAAAAUUGGGACAUAUUGUUUCCCCUGAUUGAGAAGCUUGACGUCAGCUCAAGAGUCCAUGCAAGACAAUUCCAGGAAAGACUGAGAAAUGCUAAAAGUUCAGACAAAUUUGAUCCCAUGCAUGCUGAGCAUUAUGCCGAACUGUCGCUGAGAAUAAAGCAAGGUGAGGCAGUCGAGGUGCAGCUAGGUACAACCACAGCUCGAGGAUUAAUGACACCAGCAAUUCAGCUGUUUGUUGUGCAUCCAAAAUUUGAGAUUUGUUUGGAGCAUGUGAAAGAUUCAAUCAAGUGUUUUUCAAAAUAUGCAUUCCACUCAUCAAGGAAUACAUACAACUCGUACAUGGAUUAUCAGGCAAUAUGGAAACCUUUGAGUGAAAUGGAGUCAGCCUCCAAUGCUGUGUCUGAAAAUGAGAGUAUUAUUAUUGAAGAUGCAGUCUUGAAAUGGAAAACCUCUCCUCAAAAGACGCACGAGGGUUUUUUUCUCCUUCCGCUUGACAAAAAAUCUCAAUGGUCUAUUGAAUGUGACCUUAGGAACAGUUUCCUCUGCAUUCGAACUAAGAUUCACCAAAGUCAGAGUAGUCCCUUUCUGGAAAACUCUCAGUGCACAGCUCUCAUGGAUAUUCCUUCUAUCACUUGGAUGGCCCAUGCCAUAAUUACGGAAGUUGAAGAAACUGACUCCAAAGAACCAAAGAUUUUACAAAUUGAUUUUCAGAUUAACCACAUGCCUAUGACAAAUAUUCCAGAAGCCAUAUUCUGCGAGAGGACAAGAUUUACUCUGGAGCUGAUUCCAAAGCUUCUGCCAGAUGUGCGCAAAGAGGACGCAAUUAACAGUCUAACCAAAGCCAACAAACUCGUAAAAUAUAUUGCCAUGGGCAGGAAAAUCAACUCUGAAGGAGGAUGCAACAUUUCAAGGCAGACGACAGCCAGAUUUGAGAUUGACGGUUAUCUCCCAUCUGGGUUUUCCCAUCUAAACAACAGUCAGUGCAAAGCUAUAAGAGAAGCACUGACCAACCCGUUCACUCUUAUCCAAGGACCACCAGGGACUGGAAAAACUGUUGUUGGUGUCCAUAUUGUGUACUGGUUGCUCAAGAAUACCCAACAGCAUCCUGCCACCAAUUCAGAGAAGAAGGGGGCUGUUCUGUACUGUGGCCCCUCAAAUAAAUCUGUUGAUGUUGUUGCAGGUCAUCUCCUAAAACUUAAAAAUCAACUUAGACCUCUCAGAGUCUACAGUGAUCAGACGGAGAUGUUGGAAUUUCCUUACCCAGGAUGCAAUCUGAAGCUGUCACGCAAUUCUAAAAGAGGCGAAAAACCCAACACAGAGCUCAGUUCCAUUGCACUACACCACCUGAUUCGAAAGGAUGGCAACCCAUAUUCCACACAAAUAUUAGCUUUUGAUAUGAAAAUUAGAAGAGGAGAUCAAUUUACUGGCGAAGAAAAAAAACUCUACAAAGACACCCUCCAAAAGGCUCGAAAACAUGAAUUAUUGCAGCAUGAUGUCAUCUUGUGCACUUGCACAGCAGCCUCACACCCAGCCUUAGCUAAAGUCCUCGACUUCAAGCAGAUCAUCAUCGAUGAAUGUGCCAUGGCAACUGAACCUGAAGCCUUUAUUCCACUAGUGGCUCACAAGCCUGAGCAGAUUGUUCUUCUGGGCGAUCAUAAGCAGCUGCAACCUGUAGUCCAUUGUGAUGUGGUGGAGCGAUUGGGAAUGAGCAAAUCUCUUUUCGAACGUUACAUGGAGAAAGCACUCUUGCUUGACACUCAGUACAGAAUGCAAGAGGACAUUUGUGAAUUUCCUUCUAAGGAGUUUUAUGACGGAAAGUUAAAAACUAAAACAUCCCCCAAACCAAGGCUCUUCUUUACUAAGUCAAGGCUAACAUGCAUAGUUUUCGGCCAUGUUGAAGGAAAGGAGAAAAGUCUGGUGGUCUCGACUGAACGGGGAAAUGAAAAUUCAAAAGCAAAUUUGGAGGAGGCAGAAGAAGCGGUGCGUAUCGCCAUUCUUUUGACUGAGGCUGGAAUAAAGACAAAGGACAUCGCCAUUCUCACACCAUAUAAUGCUCAAGUGUCAAACAUUAGGGAGUCCCUGAUUGAUAAGGGUAUAAGAGACAUCACAAUCAACACCAUCAUGAAAAGUCAAGGAAGCGAAUGGAAAUAUGUCAUCAUGUCAACUGUGCGCUCUUGUCCCAAAUCUGACAUAGAAGCACAACCAACCAAAUCCUGGAUUAUAAACCGACUUGGAUUCGUCAUGGACCCACACCAAGUGAACGUGGGCAUUACCAGGGCACAAGAAGGCCUGUGCAUCAUUGGUUAGUUACGCCAUCUAGGCUUGUGGGAGUCAAUAAUGUGUGAAAAAUUUGAUCCGUAUCACCUGUUGUUGGAAUAAUGCAAAAUAGCACACACAUCGUCAUUUUUGUCUCUUAAGCAUGAAUAUUACUCAGUCCUAUGAGGGUAUAAUAUGUCAUUUAUCUUCAUGUUAUGUCAGGUUUAAUAAGCUAAAUGCCUUUAUAAUAACACUAAACCUC